GAGAGAGCGGAAACUUCAUAAGAGGAGGCGUUUUCUGCCACAGGAUGUUUUCUCUCGAGAGGGCGCGUGAGCUUCAGUCACUGCAGCUCUGYGGGUGAGCUUCGUUCGAGGGGUAAAGCGAGGAUAUGAUGUAUUAACAUGACAAGAACACGUGCGUGAAAGCGGGAUUGACUGURUCGGGGUGACAGAUCAGAUUCCUCUGCAAGCACACGGCUUCAUGCAGCUCGCCGCAGGAGCUUAGAGUUGGUCGGUGAUGAGGGGAGAUCCUUCUGCUGGAAGCAAGUCGUCGCUGUCCGUGCAGAAGACGGGACCAUGAUGGGAGUUUACUGGUUGUUAAUAAUCCUGCUGAGCUGCACGACAUCUGGCAGAUGCAACGAGCAACAGUGGGACGUGCAAUGCACAACAGCAAAAAGUCCCGAGUAUGUGUUUGUGCCUUGCCCAAACAUGUUUGUCGGACACACCACGGACAAAGACACUGUGGUGACACAUAAGCUUUACAAGAACCAGCAGGUGGUUCAAGUGUGCCGUAAUACUCAAAAACUGUGCAACCAAACCGAUCCAGACAUCCACCCAGAAAAAGACGAGAAUGGGACACUUACUGGUUUCAAGCUCACAAGAAAUGCAAACCCAAAGCAAGCCAUCUACAUGUGUGAGGGUAAAGUUACUUACCCUCCUCCUGUCAUCAGCAACAACAGWACAGUCAUUUUCCUUGAGGAAGGACAAGGAUGCCCGCGCAAAACAGAAGAAUGUAAAACAGAGGAACCAGAAGAACAAAAAACAGGCAUACCUGUAUGGAUCUGGAUAGUGGUUGUUGCACUUCUUAGCACCUACAGCCUAGCAGCUACUAUUACUGCCUUGAUUAUCUGGUACAAGAUGAAGGAUGCAGAUUCCCAGAGCGACUACAUGAACACCAAACCCAGACCUCCUGCGAAACGCAGGAAGAAAAGAGAAGUCCAGCAUCCUAUACCAAAACACUUCUGAUGAUUUGGACAUCCCUGGAUCAUUUUCCUUGCAAUUCCUUAUCUGUAGGACUUACAAUGAAUAUAACAUAACUGUAAUCAGUUUCUUUUGUAUAAUUUUUUUUUGUGUAUGUGUUCAUCUCUAGCAAAAGCAGCACUUCCUUUAUGUGGGCGUCUGAAACAUUGAUGCGUAUAUUAAAGACAGUGUCAGGUUUUGCUCACUUCCUGUUUCGCUCACUGUAAAAGAAAGAUGCGUUCUUGGGAACCCCUAUCUUUGUGGUCGAAACAAAAGGUGGUGCCUCGAUGAGGGGACUUAACCACAUUUAAAGAGUUCUCGAGUUCGUAAAUCAGUGCAACACCUUGUGGAUCAACACUGACCACAACUUAAAUAAAUAGAGUUUUACAAGGCGCAACGCCUCGCCUGUGAAUGUGUGCUCUCAUUCAUUUUCUGAGAAUCAACACAGAGACCGAACUGAGGUUGAUGACUAGCAUAAACACAAGGAGCUGCAAGCAGAUUGAAAAUAACAAGCUGCACCAUUUCCUGUCUCCCUACAUUUAUGUUUUUUUUUCCUCUCUCUCUCUUCGGUUGUUGGUACUUUCUGCAGAGGUCGGAGCUUCAAAGGCGCGCCACCUUUACUGUGCUCACCUUGCAGUUUCUGUGCAAGCGCUCACGCUGGUUUUAUUGGUUUCAUUUAGUAGCAAGUUUCUUUUCACAGUCACCACAAGCACUGACGGAAUUAGCAUAGCGUUUCUGUGAAGCCUUUAAACUGAUUUGGGAGUUAAGCAGAUGACUAAAAACACGUAUAAAUUUGUCAUUUGACAGUUAUGUCAGUUUUUUUCCAUAAUGACUGAAUAAGCAACUCUCAGAAGAAAAGAUCAUCUCAGGUAUUUGCUGUAAUGCCAUUACAAAGCUGUUUGAAAUUUUAAAAAUAGAAAUUGUUUUUAUCAUUACAAAAAAA